UCGGCGGCCAACUUGCGAGAGAUCUGCGCGGCCCCCAGGAGUCCUGCAUCACGCACGACUUGUUUGAAUUCCGACAUGAUCUCUUUCUCAGCCUCCGCGCCACCCUCUUGACCCAGACUACGCGGUAAACCCCUUCGAGGCCGUCUCGACGUCGAGAGCCUUGUCUUUGCAUUUUGGCACAGGCAUUAUAUGACUUCUGUGGUACUUUUUGGCAGCUGAGGCUUUGAACAGCGCAUCACCCCCCAUGAACGGCCAGCCCCUUCACGUUGGCGGAGGCUUCGACCGCGACCGCGACCGUGACCGUGACCGUGAACGCGAGCGUGAGCGUGAUCGCGAUCGUGAUAUAGACGAGCAGCGCCACCGAGCCCUCCAACAGGAUGAAAUAGCGCGACGGGAGCGCGAUCGGGAGCGCGAUCGGGAGCGCGACGAGGCCGAGCGACAGCUUCGCGAACCUUAUCCGUCCGGCGCCCCGCAUCACAGCACUGCUGGCUCGAUUCCCAUCCACCAACCCGUCGCGUCCAGAAUUUCGACGACUAUCCACAGCCCUGGCGGCCUCCUCGCAAACCACGGCGGCCCUGCACCUGCUGUACCCAUCGGCGCGCCACCGGGAGUCGCUCCAGGCUUUAGCGGUCCGCUUCACAGCGAGCCUGGCCGACCUCCUCAACACGGCGUCCCCGGUGCUGCCUCGGCGUCACAGCACCCAAUAUUUGCGCCCAUGCCCCACGGCCCCAGCGGCCCAGAUAACGCUCACGGCAACGCCUCUGGCGGGCCGCCGUCCAUCUUCGGUGGUCCUCUGCAGCAGGAAAAUGGCCGGGCAGUCCCGCAGGAGCCUAUACGGGGCAUGCAGCAGCAGAUACCUUUUGCCUCUGGCAUUGGUGCUAGCCAUACUAUGGCUCCUGGACCCGGAGGCAUGGCUCAGGGCCAGCAACCCAUUCUAAAUGAUGCCCUGAGCUACCUUGAUCAAGUCAAGGUCCAGUUUCAUGAGCAGCCAGAUGUGUACAACAAAUUCCUUGAUAUCAUGAAAGAUUUCAAGAGCCAGACUAUCGAUACACCUGGUGUCAUUAGCAGAGUAUCAGAGCUCUUCGCUGGUCACCCGAAUCUGAUCCAGGGAUUCAACACGUUCUUGCCACCGGGAUACCGGAUAGAAUGUGGCUUGGAGAAUAAUCCAAACAGUAUCCGUGUCACAACGCCAUCCGGAUCUACCCUCCACACCAUCGGAGGAGCCAGGCCAGCGCAGCUCGAGGUAGCGCCACCAACCUCGUCUGGCCCUGGGCAAGCAUACAUGGGCGCGCGACCCGGCAGUUGGCAACCAACUUUGCAGCACAGCGUGGAGAGCCCAGAGGCGUCGUUCAGCAUUCCAGUACAGAAUGGCUCUCAAGGCUUCCCCGGGUCAAAUCAGAACACACCGUUCGAAGGUACAAGUCCCGUACAGCAGAGGUCUGUACCUGCCGCUGCGCAGAAUGGAUCUGCCGCCAACCACGCACCUGCUCCACGAAACGCGCAUACGCCAACGCCGACGGCUGCUCCACAAAGCGCAAACGGAAGCGCCGCUCAGCAAGCUAGUAUCGAGAAGCGCGGGCCUGUCGAGUUCAACCACGCCAUCAGCUAUGUCAACAAGAUUAAGAAUCGCUUUCAGGACAAACCCGAGAUAUAUAAGCAAUUCCUGGAAAUUCUUCAGACUUACCAACGAGAGCAAAAACCCAUACAGGACGUGUAUGGUCAAGUCACCUCGUUGUUUCACACCGCGCCGGAUCUCCUCGAGGACUUCAAGCAAUUCCUUCCCGAGACGUCCGGUCCUGGAUCUAAUAAUAACCGAUCUGGCGGCCAGCGCCCAGAGGAUCUUGUGCCAAUCACCGCCACCACGCCUACACCACAGCCAGGACAUCCUACUCGGGAAGGUCCCAAGAUGCCUCCGGUUGGCAAUUUUGCGCCACCAGCCAGCGCUAGCAAGGAGAGCAAGAAGCGCCCCCGUCUCGACAAGACGGCGCCUGCUACCACGCCUUCCGGCUCGGAACAGGCAGCCACAUCCGCUCUGCGAGGGUCCCUUCCUGCCGCGUCCAAUAACAACAAGCGGGUGAAGCUGUCGCAUAAGCCUGGGCCUGCCGACGGCACCUUUGUGGGGCCAACGUUGACACCUGUCAUGCCCGAACCCCUCGGCCCAACCCCAAUCUCGACCUCCGGUGUCGACGAUAUCGCUUUCUUCGAGCGGGUUAAGAAACACAUUGGCAACCGAACAGCGAUGACAGAAUUCCUCAAGCUCAUCAAUCUUUUUAACCUAGAAUUGAUUACCAAGGACGUGCUUAUUUACAAGGCCAGUCAGUUCUUGGGUGGCAACCCAGAACUAGUCAACACCCUCAAGGCAAUGUUUAGGUACGCUGGUGCGGACGAUAGAAUCGACAACCGACCAGAGCCACCUGGGCGGGUGUCGUUGAGCAACUGUCGUGGUUUCGGACAUAGUUAUCGGCUGCUUCCCCGAAGAGAGCGCCUCAAACCUUGCAGCGGCCGCGAUGAGCUCUGCCAAUCUGUGCUCAAUGAUGAAUGGGCCUCCCAUCCUACCUGGGCCUCGGAAGACUCCGGAUUUGUCGCCCAUAGGAAGAACGGCUACGAGGAAGGCCUCCAUCGCAUCGAAGAGGAACGGCACGACUACGACUUCUACAUCGAAGCAAACCAGAAGUGCAUCCAGCUUCUCGAGCCUAUCUCGCAACAGAUGUUGACGCUCUCUGCCGCGGAGCGAGCGGUGUUUCGGAUGCCUGCUGGACUUGGUGGACAGAGCACGUCAAUCUACAAGCGCGUGUUGAAGAAAAUCUACGGUCCGGAGAAGGGCUGCGAGGUUGCCAACGAGAUGUUCCGGAAUCCGUUCUCGGUAGUUCCUAUCAUCAUGGCCCGCUUGAAGCAGAAGGAUGAGGAGUGGCGGUUCACACAGCGAGAAUGGGAGAAGGUCUGGCAAAGCCAAACUGAGGCAAUGCACCUCAAGAGCCUGGAUCACAUGGGCAUUCAGGUCAAGGCGAAUGACAAACGGAACCUCGCACAGAGGCACCUUGUCGACGCCAUCAAGACCAAGCACGAGGAGCAGCGUCGCGCCCGAGUCUCCAAAGCGAAGACCUCUCGCUCCCAGUUUUCCUACUCCUUCAUAGAUCAAGAUCUCCUGAUGGACCUGCUGCGAUUUAUGGCCAUCUUCGCCAAUGUUGGAGGCCAGCACAACGCGUCGGAGCGCAAGCGUAUCCAGGACUUCUUCAACUCGUUCAUUCCCCAGUUUUUCGACCUUCCGGAAGAGAAGUGGCAAGAAAGGGUUGCGGACAUUGAGCAAGAGUCCGGGGAAGAGGAUGAAGACGACGCCAGCCCCACGGAGCUCACAAAUGGACGAACUCGCCGCAAUGGUAAGAAGUCGGAUCUACUUCGCGGCGUCCUUGAUCCCGGUCGCAAUGGCAGCCGGACCCGCGGUCAAAAGGAAGAUAGUGCGGCGUCGGGUAGCAAGGAGACAACGCCAGAUGUCGGAUCGGCAAACGAGGAAGAGAUGCCGGAUGCCCCCGAAGAUGCAGCCCUUCCAGAGGUUUCAAACGGCCGCUGGCUGCCAACGGUUCCGGGACCCAUCAUUGUCGAGCGAAGCAAAGAUGGCCGGGACUCGGAUCUCGUGGACGUGGAUGGCGAACUUAAGGCAGACGCCCCAUUCCCGCGAUCUUGGUACAAUUUUUUUUGUAACCAGAACAUCUACGUCUUCUUCACCGUCUUCCAGGCCUUAUACAAGCGGCUCGAGGAGGUCAAGAACAGCACCGGCAGCGUGCGGGAGGAAAUGCGACGCGAACGGGCAGAGAAGCCAGCUAAGGUCUUGCAUCUCGUCCACAAGGGCAUCCAUUACUUCGACAGCGAUGACGCGGAGACUUUCUGGCCUCGGACUGUUGAGUUGAUUGAAGACUACAUCAAUGGCGAGAUCGAAGAGUCCAGGUAUCAGGAGGUUCUGCGACACUACUACCUCAAAAAGGGCUGGACGAUCUACACAAUCUCGGAUCUUCUCAAGACCCUAUGCCGCAUUGGUCUAGCCUGCAACAACCCGGAUUCCAAGGGCGAGAAGACCAAGGAACUCGUCAAAGCGUAUCUGGACAGCCGACGGCAGGAGGAGACGAGCUUCCAGAAUGAGAUCAACGCCCGCAAGUUCGCUGAGAAGUGCAUCAAGGAUGGAGAGAUGUUUGUCAUCCGCUGGUAUCCGGGCAAGAAGGAAGCGGGUGUCCGCUGGCUCCAGAAGGACGAGACCACAUUCUACAUGGACGAUAUGGAGCGCACCGAGCAAUGGAAGUACUACAUUUCAUCGUACAUGCGGAUCGAGCAUACCGAGGGAGUACCACGGAGCCGACUCCAGAAAGUGCUUCUGGAGCGCAAUCUCCCAUCGGAUGCCAAGGACGCAGAAGAUGGAUACACGCCCAAGCCUCUGGUCAUCCACGAGGGUCUGGUGCUUAGGAUCUGCCUGAAUUCAUCCAAGAUGGUAUUUGAGAAGGGCACUUCGGACUACUUCAUCUACAACACCGACACCUUCAACACUCAGGAGGAUCGGUCCUUCCACGACGAGAAGCAGGUUUUCCAGAAGGAGCUUCGCACCGAGAGGCUCAAGGAAAAGAUGGUUACCAACAACCUGUGGAUGAAGGGCAUGAGCCACGAAGAGGUUAGGAAGGUCAAGGACGAGUACGAGAAGUGGAAGAAGGGAGAAAUCUCGUCACCGCAGCCGUCGUCGGCGACUUAGUAGGCGCACGAUUUCUGCCUUGACCGUCUCUGCUGGGGUCUUUUGUAGAUAACCCUGGGUGUACGGCAUCGAAGACAGCCUUGGGUUCUUUUGGUCUUUUUAGCUUGAAUCUUUUGCGAUAAUGGCUUAGUCUCCACACAGAAAGGGUAGUGGCUUCUGAUGAGGGAUGUGGAGGACAGAGGGGCAGCAUGCUUUUGAAACCCGGCAGGUAACAUUUUGAUAACAUCACGGUGGUGGAGAAGGGAGAAUCAGUAGCCGGAGUUGGCGCUCUGAAAUUUAUCAGCGAACGAGAAAAGGGCGAAAAGGGUGGAAGCGUUUCAGUUUUUUUUCCUUCGCGUAAUAUGGUUCAUUUAUUCUGCAAAAACCGGGCUUCCUUCAUUUGAUAUCAUAUCGUAUUCGAGGUAGAUAUAUCUACCCACUUGUACAUCAGGAAUAUGUUUCUUCUGAACUGCGUCUCCUUGCAAGUUUGUCCUGUUGAAUGAAUUCU